ACCCUUAAGGAGAUUGGAGAUCAAGAAGCUAACAUUGCUGCACUCAAACAAGCAAUCAAAGACAAAGAAGCCCCAAUGAAAGUUGCUCAAACAAGACUCUAUGACAGGUCUUUUAGGCCCAAUGUAGAGCUCUGCAGAGAUGAAACGCAGUUCAGGUUGAUCAGUGAAGUUGAACGACUAACAGAAUCCAUUGAAUCCCUGAAGAAAAAACUGCUGGAAUCUGAACAGGCUCUGAGGAACCUGGAAGACACACGGAUGAAUUUAGAAAAAGAAAUAGCUGUGAAAACAAACAGCAUUUUUAUUGACAGGCAAAAGUGCAUGGCCCACCGCAAACACUACCCUGUUGUUUUUAGAUUAGCAGGUUACCAGUAG